AUGCAGCUGAACCGACCUCACAGCUCCCUGCUCGGGUUCAGCCUCCCCCCUCCUCCUCGCCCUCCCCCCUCCUUCUCCAGUCAGUUCGGCGCCACCAGGUUCUCCUACCACCUCGGACCCCCGACCCCAACGCAGCAACGCAGCGCCCUCAACAGGACAGGUCCCUCCUCCUCCAGUCCCAGCUUGCUGACAAAGAGUCUCUCUCUGGAGCCGUCCUGUUCGCCCUGUGGCCACACGGGGGCGCUGGAUGCCGACACCCCUCAACAGCCGCUCUCUGACCCGGGGCCCAGCUCCUCUUCCUCGGGCCCCGCCUCCUUGGAAGGAGUGCCUGAGCUAACAGAGCGCCGCGGCUCUGCGAGCGGGCUGCUUUUGGUCAAUGACACGGGGCCUCCGGAGCGGGCCGCUGCCACAAAAACACCACCGACCAAGAGAGCGCCGCUGCCCGGACCGAAGCCUCAGGUCCCCCCAAAGCCCCCCCACCUCCAGCAGCAGGCGGGGGUCUCCAGGCCACGUCCCCGGGCCCCUGAGAAGCCCCUCCCUCCCACUCCGCCAUGUAGACCCCUCCCUGCUGACCCCCGUGGAGGCCGGAGCCCCCCUAACCGGGCUGAUGGCACCGCCUCCCCCACCUGUGUGCUGUCCCUUAUUGAGAAGUUUGAACGUGAGCAGAUCAUCAUGGUUCCUGACAUCACUGGGGGGGCUUUGUGUCCCCGCCUCCCUGAACCCCCCUCAUCCAGACCGUCAUCGCCUGCAGUCCCUCCCCCACCAGCUGAGGACUCGCCAUCUGAGCCAGUGGGUCCUGAUGACAUCACAGCCAGUGAUGAUGUGGAGGAGGGGGCCCUUCCUCCUGAUGAUGAGGUCGUUGACGAUGAUGAUGAUGAUGAUGAUGAUGACAGCGAUGACGAUGAAGAGCUGGCAGCGGCGUGUCGUGAAGACAUUCAUCAGAAACGCCUCUCCAUGGAGUCAGGUUACAGCGCCUCAGAGAAACACCUGGAGGACGACGUGGUCGCCGUGGAGAUGAGGGAGCAGCAGCAGCAGCCACAGCUGCUUGACCAAUCAGAGCUUCCCUCUGAGCGUCUCUCCCUCCCUUCCUCCCAGACGGACGGGAAGCUGGCCAAUCGGGACAGUGGCAUCGACAGCAUCAGUUCCCCGUCACACAGCGAGGAACUCUGCUUCGCCGGUGUGGAGGACGGGGGCGGGGUUUACCCUUGCAGCCCCGCCCUCCUUCCCCGUCUCUCCAGCUCGUCCUCAUACGCGGGAGAGGGAGGGGAAGGGGAGGAGGGAGAGGGGAGGGGUGCCAGGAGAAGGAGGGAGUUCUCUGAGGAGGGAGACAGUGACCUGGAGGAGGAGGAGGCGGAGCUUACACUGGUGCUGCCACCACCAAAGACAGAGAGACAGGACUCAGUGGAGCUGUCCGUCCAGCAGAGGGUCUUCAACAUCGCCAAUGAGCUGCUGCAGACAGAGAUCGCCUACGUCUCUAAGCUCCACCUCCUGGACCAGGUGUUCUGUGGUCGACUCCUGGAGGAGGCGCGGUGUCGCUCGUCGUUCCCCUGUGACGUGGUUCAGGGAAUCUUCUCCAACAUCUGCUCCAUCUAUGCCUUCCACCAACAGUUCCUGCUGCCGGCGCUGCAGAAACGCAUGGACGAGUGGGAGGUGAAUCCUCGGAUCGGGGACAUCCUGCAGAAGCUGGCUCCUUUUCUGAAGAUGUACGGAGAGUACGUGAAGAACUUCGACCACGCCAUGGAGCUGCUCAGCACCUGGAGCCAGAGAUCAGCGCCGUUCAAGAGCAUCAUUCAGGAGAUCCAGAGGGAGGAGCGCUGUGGGAAUCUGACUCUGCAGCAUCACAUGCUGGAGCCGGUCCAGAGGAUUCCUCGCUACGAGCUGCUGCUCAAAGACUACCUGCACCGCCUGCCAGAGGAUGCGCCUGACUACAGGGACGCCCAGAAGUCUCUGGAGCUCAUCGCCACCGCAGCAGAACACUCCAACGCCGCCAUCAAGAAGAUGGAGCGUAUGAGGAAGUUGUUGAAGGUGUACGAGCUGCUGGGCGGAGAAGAAGACAUUGUUAACCCGACAAACGAGCUCAUCAAAGAGGGACACAUCCUCAAACUGUCCAAUAAGAACGGGACUACACAGGACAGAUACCUCAUCCUGUUUAACGACCGUCUGCUGUACUGCGUCCCAAAACUGCGUCUGAUUGGUCAGAAGUACAGCGUCCGAGCUCGCAUCGACGUGGACGGGAUGGAGCUGAAGGAGACGAGCAGCGCGGCGGCGUCCAGGACGUUCUUGGUGUCUGGCAAACAGAGAUCAUUGGAGCUGCAGGCCAGGACGGAGGAGGAGAAGAGGGACUGGAUACAGGCCAUCCAGGCCACCGUACAGAGGCACGAGCAGACGAUGGAGAGCUUCAGACAGCUCACCUGUUCCCUGCGAGAUGACGAGUCCACGCCUCCUCACUCCCCGAGCUGUGUGGAGUUGGGCAAACGAGCUCCGACUCCGAUCAGGGAGAAAGAAGUCACUCUGUGUAUGAAGUGCCAGGAGCCGUUUAACUCCAUCACCAAGAGACGUCACCACUGUAAAGCCUGCGGACACGUGGUUUGUGGGAAAUGUUCAGAGUUCCGUGCUCGCCUGUCGUACGACAACAACCGAACCAACCGCGUCUGUGUCGACUGCUACGCCAUGCUGGUGGGGGCGUCGCCCUCACCUGCUGCGCUGACCAGCAGCACCACCAGGAGGCGCUCCAUCCUGGAGAAACAGGCCUCCCUGGCAGCGGAGAACAGUGUGAUUUGUAGUUUUCUUCACCACAUGGAGAAGGGUGCGGGACGGGGCUGGCAGAAGGCGUGGUUCGUCAUCCCUGAGAACGAGCCGCUGGUGCUCUACGUCUACGGGGCUCCACAGGAUGUGAAGGCGCAGCGCAGCGUUCCUCUGAUUGGCUUCGAGGUCUCUCUUCCUGAACCAUGUGACCGUCUGGAGCGACGCCACGCCUUCAAGAUCUCCCAGAGUCACCUGACUCUGUACUUCAGCGCCGAGGGGGAGGAGUUACAGCGGCGAUGGAUGGACAUCCUCACCAGGGCCGGGAGGGGGGAGGAGCCUCAGAUUCACCGGCCAAUCGUGGAGAGUGUGGAGGAGGAAGGGGAGGAGCUAACAGCUGCAGCAGAGGGGGAGAACACAUGA